AAGGAUGAAGUCGUAGUUGGAACGUUGGGGAAGCGUGUCAAUGGAGUGGACAACAUUGCAGCAUCUUGAUCUGCGCCAUGUUGGUCUUGGCGUGAGACCUUUGCAGCCACAUGCUGCUAUCUUCCAUCCUUAUCAGGCACUCGUCGCCGUCGCCAUCGGAAACUUCAUCGUCGAGUUCGAUGCAUUAACAGGAAGCAAGAUUUCUACUCUUGAAAUUGGUGCUCCAGUUGUCCGCAUGUUAUAUAGUCCUACAAGAGCGCAUACUGUGAUUGCAAUUCUCCAGGAUUGUACAUUACGAUCCUGUGAUUUUGACUUAGAGCAAACAUCUGUACUGCAUUCACCAGAGAAGAAGAAUGAGCAAAUUUAUUCUGAUACAGAAGUUCAUCUGGCAUUAAGCCCACGCCAAUCUAUUGUGUUUUUUGGAUUUCAUAGACGGAUGAGUGUGACAGUUGUUGGAACUGUUGAAGGCGGUAGAGCACCCACAAAAAUUAAGACAGACCUGAAGAAGCCUAUUGUGAAUCUUGCUUGUCAUCCUCGCCUCCCCGUUCUGUAUGUAGCUUAUGCAGAAGGUUUGAUUCGAGCAUAUAACAUUCACACUUAUGCUGUUCAUUACACACUUCAAAUUGACAAUACUAUAAAGCUUAAUGGUGCCGGUGCUUUUGCAUUUCACCCAACUCUAGAGUGGAUAUUUAUUGGUGAUCGACGUGGUACUCUAUUGGCAUGGGAUGUAUCAACUGAGAGACCUAGUAUGAUUGGAUUAACACAAGUUGGAUCACAACCAAUAACAUCAGUUGCUUGGCUAGCCACAUUACGGUUACUUGUAACCCUAUCAAGGGAUGGAAAUCUGCAAGUUUGGAAAACACGGGUUGUAGUUAAUCCUAACACACCUCCUAUGCCGGCAAGUUUUUUUGAGCCUGCUGCAAUUGAAGCACUUGAUAUCCCUCGCAUCCUUUCUCAACAGGGUGGAGAAGCUGUGUAUCCCUUACCACGAAUUAAAGCUUUAGAAUUUCAUCCAAGAUCUAAUUUAGCAGCACUCGUAUUUGCAAACGUAACAAGUGGAGAAACUUCGAAAAAUAAGACCACAUACAGUAGAGAAAGGAGAAAGAAACUUUAUUCAGUUUUGCAAAGUGCACGGGGAUCAUCAGCAUCUUUUUUAAAAGAAAAAUUAUCAGCCUUGGGUUCAUCUGGAGUGUUAGCAGACCAUCAGCUGCAAGCUCAAUUACAGGAGCAUCAUUCGAAAGGCCACAAUCAUCUCACAAUAUUAGACAUUGCAAGGAAGGCUUUUCUUUACAGUCAUUUUAUGGAAGGCAAUACAAAAAUUGCUCCAAUAUCUCGCUUGCCUCUCAUCACUGUUCUAAAUACCAAGCAUCAUUUGAAGGACAUUCCAGUUGUACAGCCAUUUCAUUUGGAGCUAAAUUUCUUCAAUAAAGAGAAUCCAGUUCUUCACUAUCCUGUCAGGGCUUUUUAUGUGGAUGGACCUAAUCUUAUGGCAUAUAAUAUAUUAUCUGGAUCUGACAGUAUCUACAAGAAGCUUUACAAUUCGAUUCCUCGGGGUGUGGAGUAUCAAGCAAAAUACUUGAUUUACAGUAAAAAACAGCACCUAUUUCUUGCGGUUUAUGAAUUUACUGGUACUACAAAUGAAGUUGUACUUUACCGGGAAAACACUGAUGCAAUGACAUCAAACAGUAAAAGCAGCACAGUUAAAGGUUGUGAUGCGGCAUUUAUUGGUCAGAAUGAAAAUCAGUUUGCUAUUCUCGAUGAUGACAAGACAGGGCUGUCAGUAUAUACACUACCAGGAGGAGCCUCACAAGAAACAAAGGAAAAUGAUAAACUUUUUGAAGAAAAUCAACCUACAGAAACUAACGAUGGUUCAAUUCGCGGCCCAACGCCAUUUAUGUUUGAAACUGAAGUUGAUCGUAUCUAUUCAACUCCUUUAGAUUCAACUUUGAUGUUUGCUUCUCAUGGGAGCCAAAUUGGACUAGUAAAGCUCAUACAAGGGUACCGCCUUUCCACUUCAUCUUCCAAAGGGCAUUAUAUAUCAACCACGGGCGAGGGCAAAACGUCACUCAAGUUGAAAAGGAAUGAGAUUGUACUUCAGGUUUACUGGCAAGAGACUCUCAGGGGACACGUUGCAGGAAUUUUAACAACACAUAGAGUACUUAUUGUUUCGACAGCACUUGGCAUACUUGCAGGAACUUCGACAAAUUUUGACAAAGGGCUUCCUUCAUUUAGAUCAAUCUUAUGGAUAGGGCCUGCCUUUCUUUUUUCUACUGCCACUGCAAUUAGUAUACUCGGCUGGGAUGGAAAAGUGAGGACUAUCUUGUCAACUAGUAUGCCUUGUGCAGUCUUGGUUGGUGCUUUGAAUGAUCGAUUGUUGCUUGCUAGCCCUACAGAAAUAAAUCCCAAACAGAAGAGGGGAUUUGAGGUCAAAAGCUGUCUUGUUGGUCUUCUUGAGCCUCUUCUUAUUGGAUUUGCCACAAUGCAACAAAGUUUUGAGCAGAAGCUUGACCUAUCAGAAAUACUGUACCAAAUAACAUCAAGGUUUGACAGCUUGCGCAUAACACCUAGGUCUCUGGACAUCCUUGCUAGAGGUUCUCCAGUUUGUGGAGACUUAGCUGUGUCAUUAUCUCAAUCAGGUCCACAGUUCACCCAAGUGAUGCGGGGUGUCUAUGCUGUGAAAGCUCUUCGUUUUUCCACUGCUUUGUCAGUUCUAAAAGACGAAUUCCUGCGUUCAAGAGAUUACCCACAAUGUCCUCCUACAUCUCAUUUAUUUCACAGGUUCAGACAGUUGGGUUAUUCCUGUAUCAGAUUCGGUCAGUUUGAUAGUGCAAAAGAAACCUUUGAAGUUACAUCAGAUUACGAAAGCAUGCUUGAUCUAUUUAUAUGCCACCUAAAUCCUAGUGCAAUGAGGCGUCUUGCUCAGAAGUUGGAAGAAGAAGCUCUUGACUCAGAAUUGAGGCGAUACACUGAAAGGAUUUUACGGAUUCGAUCUAGUGGAUGGACUCAGGGCAUAUUUGCCAACUUUGCGGCAGAAAGUAUGGUUCCUAAAGGACCUGAAUGGGGUGGUGGCAACUGGGAAAUCAAAACCCCUACUAAUGCAAAGGAUAUACCUCAGUGGGAGCUUGCUGCAGAGGUGACGCCAUAUAUGAAGAAUGAUGAUGGUGCUAUUCCAUCCAUUAUUGUAGAUCAUAUAGGUGUGUAUUUAGGCUCAAUUAGAGGAAGAGGCAAUGUUGUUGAGGUAAGGGAAGAUAGCUUGGUUAAAGACUUAAUCCCUGUAAGUAACGAUUUUAAAGCAAAUGGUCUUGAAGUAUCUUCACUUAAACCCAUAUCUAAUCAAGGGGUUGGUAAUGCAAAAGGUGUUCCAUUAAUGGGUCUGGAAAGGUUUAGUAAACAGGGUGCCAGUUCCUCAACUGAUGAACAGACUAAAGCAGAAGAGGAAUUUAAGAAAUCCAUGUAUGGAGCUGCUGCUUCUGACAGCAGCAGUGAUGAGGAAGGAGUAUCAAAAACCAAAAAGCUACGUGUUAGAAUACGAGAUAAGCCAGUUACCACUUCUGUGGAUGUGGAUAAAAUUAAAGAAGCCACUAGUAAAUUUAAACUAAGUGAAGCGUUAACUCCAACGAGGAGUAGGUCCUUUACUAGUGGAUCCCAAGAUCUUGGCCUAUCUCAGCCACCUGCAGCUACUGGAGUGGCUGCUCACACUGUUUCAGCUCCAGGUGACCUGUUUAGUACAAUUUCCUUGACUCAACCAGAAUCAAUUUCACAGCCAACUCCUGGGGUUGCAAGUGGGGGAACUAAAGUAGGACCUAUUCCAGAAGACUUCUUUGAGAAUACAAUUCCAUCUCUUCAGGUUGCUGCUUCACUGGCUCCUGCUGGUAGAUAUCUCUCUAAAUUUACUGCAGGAGCUCAAAGUGGCGAAGCAACUCAAAACCAGGCUAGUGCUUACGAAUCUGAUGUUAGUCAUCAAGGUCAUGUUUCUCCUCAAGCUGUUCAACUACCUGUGUCUCCUAUCGAGACUGUAGGACUUCCUGAUGGUGGUAUACCACAAUCCUCAAAUCAGGCUGCAGUCAUUCCCCAAUCACAGUUUCCGGCACCAAUUUCUAGCCAACCUCUUGAUCUUAGUAUAUUUGGAGUACCAAAUACUUCUAAUUCUGAAAAGCCUCAACAAACUGGUUCUCCACCAUCCUCUGUAAGACCAGGACAGGUUCCCCGAGAAGCUGCUGCUUCUGUGUGUUUCAAGACUGGACUUGCUCACCUUGAGCUAAAUCAUCUUUCAGAUGCUUUGUCUUGCUUUGAUGAAGCUUUUCUUGCAUUAGCUAAAGAACAAUCUCGUGGAAGUGAUAUAAAAGCUCAAGCAACCAUAUGUGCUCAAUACAAGAUAACAGUCACUCUUCUUCGGGAAAUUGUUCGUUUGCAAAGAGUUCAUGGCCCAAGUGCUAUUAGCGCGAAAGAUGAGAUGGCUAGACUUUCACGCCAUCUAGGCUCAUUGCCUUUGCUCGCAAAGCACAGAAUAAAUUGCAUUCGAACUGCCAUAAAACGAAAUAUAGAGGUGCAAAAUUAUGCAUAUUCCAAGAAAAUGUUAGAACUACUAUUAUCUAAAGCACCUCCAAGUAAGCAGGAAGAAUUUAGGAGCCUCAUUGACUUGUGUGUUCAGAGGGGUUUGGUUAACAAGUCCAUUGAUCCAUUGGAAGAUCCAUCACAAUUCUGUGCUGCCACAUUGAGCAGGCUGUCGACCAUUGGAUAUGAUGUCUGUGAUCUCUGUGGAUCUAAAUUUUCAGCUGUGACUGCACCAGGAUGCAUCAUAUGUGGAAUGGGCAGCAUCAAGAGAUCGGAUGCAGUCGCAGGACCAGUUCCUUCUCCUUUUGGUUGAGCCACUAAAAUUUAUUUGCUUGUACUGUGUUUCCUUGCGAUGCUGUUGUAUAGAGAGAAGGAGCUCCAUUGUAGGAAGGGAUUCGUAUAACUGAGAAAAUUUCUGGCUAUAUGGAUCUAGGAAAAUUAUAAUUUCUUCAUUUUUGGCUUACAGCUUUUCAGUUUUCCAUUUCUUUUUUCAAUCUCAAUCAAGGGGACACUUUCUAUGUAAUUACAGAAUGUUGUUUUGCAAUAAUUUUGAUAAAUAUAUAUUAUCCAUU